AUGGAUACAGAGAAAGCAGUCUCCUAUCUGAACGGCCUCCUUGGUCGGACCAUGCGCAUUCAUGCGAGUGAUGGCCGCAUGUUUGUUGGUCUCUUCAAAUGCACUGACGCUGAACGCAAUAUUAUUCUUGCCAACUCGUUCGAAUACCGCCUACCUAGCGCCUCCGCCGUUCAGGAAGCUGCCGCAAAAGAGACUGAAUCAUGGAAUGAGACACAAGUGAAAGCUACCCGAGUCAAGGUUAACAUGACGAGUCGUCUCAUUGGCUUAAUUGUGAUCCCGGGUCAUCACAUCACGAAAAUUGAGCUGGAAUAA